GAACAAAUCAGAAAAUGAAACUAAGAAAAGAAAGGGUGGAUUGAGCGGUGGAGACGUUGGCAGCAAAGAAGCAGCAGUUUUGAGCUGUGGAAACCAAAAACAGAAACAUGCGUUGAAGAAUAAAGAUUGAAGGGAGAGAAGGAAAACAGAGAGAGAAUCAUUGUCCCAUCCAAAAAAACGUAGCGGCAUGGUUGCAUUCUCCCUCUUCAUCUUCUGUUCCUUAAUUCUCCUCGUCCAGCCGUCUUUUUCCUCCACGCAGUCCCCCAAUCUCGAUCCUGACAGCAUCGACCUCUUCGGCGACGCCCACGUUGUCACCAACAACGACGCCGCCCCCCACGUGCGCCUCACCAACCCCUCCCUUUCUUCCUCCGGUCUCCUCCGCGUCCCCGAGCCCCUCGUCUUCGUAGACGCCACUACCAACCUCUCCACCGAAUUCUCCUUCUCCAUCACCGGCAAUGGUGACGGCGUCCUGUUUAUCCUCACCGCCGCUUCCGGCAACGGUUCGGAUACCGUCGCUGUUGAGUUCGUCACGUCCAAGGAUGAAAAUGUAGGAGACCCCAACUCGAGCCACGUUGGCAUCGAUGUCGGAAGCCACAUGUCCCUGGCUGUUGCGAAUGCUUCCGAUGUGCGUCUGGUUCUCAAUAAUGGGGAAAAGUGGAAUGCUUGGGUUGAUUACGAAAGUGGGCCUAAGGUGAUGGAAGUUAGGUUAAGCAAAUGGGGUGAACAAAAGCCUUCUGAUCCCAUCGUUUCUCAUAAGAUUGACUUUUCUAAAAUGUGGGGUGGGAAUUCUGUGUUCGCGGGUAUAACUUCUUCCAACGCUGGGCAUUCGCUGCAGGUUGUGAGUAUCUAUUCGUGGAAGCUUACAUUGAAGAAAGUUUCAAAUGGGUUGCAUUCUCUUCCUGUGGAUCCGCAUGGUUUAUCUGAGGAUGAGCAUAGGAGAGUUUGUCCUUUGACGAUUCUUGCUGGGGUGAUUUUUGGAACUGGGUGUCUUGCGUUGGUGACGUUUGUGGUGCUGUUUAUGUGGGUGAUUUUCUUCCAAAAGGGUGCGGAGGAGUCUCUUGCGAGAAUCCCCGAUCACCCUUCGGAUAUCAGGUAUGAAAGAAUUGAUGUAGCUGUUGACAAGAAUGCGCAGGAUGAUGAGAGUUAGAGAAUAGGUGAUGACGAUCAUGUUUGUAACUUUUGCCGUCAUUGUGUUGCGUAUUUAUGUCACCUGAAGGAUACUAUUAUAGGAGAGAUUGUGAUACUGUAAAUUUGUUUGUAACAAUAUGUAAAGUAUGUUGGCUCCCUGCUUGGGAACCACUUUGAUUUUAACUUUGUAACAUGAUUAUUGGCAGCUUAUUGCAGCUGCAGCUUUGAUAUACCAUAUAUUUAUUCUGUUUGUUUA